UCGGUAACUUUUUAGUGCCGCACCAGGAAGAGAAUUGUUUACAUACAACUUGCUGAUUUGGGGCGAAAUAGUUUUUUGAUCAAUCCAAUUGUAUGUGACAGUUAAUUUUCUGAUCAGUAUGAAGGCUCACAUCGAGCUUCGGUUGUAUAAAUCACAUUAAUGAUCUGUAUUCCGACAGUGUGCGGGCACAGUGAGGUUCGGCCGAGCAGGUGCGGCGUGGAAGUUACACAGAGGUGUCGGCUGUGGACACUCAGCGGGACACAUGGCAGAGGAAGGCAACAAGCUGACACUGAGGCGCCUGGAGGGACCCAUCAACAAGUUCAUUAAAGUAGCUCUCCCCACGGACCUGGAGAGGCUGCAGAAACACCACAGUAACAUACUGAAGUAUCAACAGAGCCAGCAGUGGGAGCGCCUCCAUCAGGAGCAAAUAAAUGCCAGCAGAACUGUUCAGCAACUGAGAGCCAACAUGAGAGAGAUGGAGCAGCUGUGCAGCCGGGUCCGAUCUGAAGACGCCGAAGCUCUGGAGGAGCUCGUAAAGCCGGUCAGGGACAGAGCGUCAGCCGCAGCACAGGACUUCCUGCUUCUGCACUCCAACCCGCCCCCACCGGUCCCCGCGGCGGCGCCGGACACUCGGCCCUCCGUCAGUCGGUCCAGCAGCUGCCACGAUCUGGAGGAGGAAGACGAGGAGCCGCUGUCGGACCUGCAGAUUCAACUUCGGCUUCCAGAAAUCCCGGCCGAUCAGAAUGCGUCCGAGUCCUGGGAUAAUCUGGAAGAGGACCUAAAGGAACUGAGCGGCUUGGUGACGGAGUUCUCCCUGCUUGUCCAUUCCCAGCAGGAGAAGAUUGACAGCAUAGAGGACAACGUCAACACAGCCGCGGCCAACGUGGAGGAGGGGACCAGGAGCCUGGGGAAGGCGGCGGGCUACAAGCUGGCGGUGCUGCCGGUCGCCGGGGCGCUGCUGGGCGGCGUGCUGGGAGGCCCUCUCGGCCUGCUGGCCGGGUUCAAAGCUGCUGGGGUGGCUGCUGCUGUGGGAGGGGGCGCCCUGGGCUUCGCGGGUGGCAGCCUGGUCCGAAAACACCGCCGAGCUCAAGUGGACCAGCAGAUGAGUCGACUGACGGCGCCGCCGGCAGAAGAACUGGAGGAAAAUAAGGACAAAUGAAGCUCUACUGUGUGGACUGACUGACCUGGACCUGUGGGUCUGAGGAGACUCGGCGCUAGACAAUGUGUGCACUUUGUCAAACAGAUGUUUAAAAACUGCCUUAAUUACGACCUGCAGUCCUGCUCGGGUGGUUCUGCAUCAGGACGACUCCGACACUUUAAUCGUUUUAAUGGUUUACGUUUACCCAGGUUGGGUUGGAGUACAAAAAAAUCAAAUGCAAUGACUUCCUAAAAGCAUGAAAAGGAGCACAAAUUCAAACUUUUCCCCAUACAUGCACACAUACAGGCUCAAAUAUAUACAUACACCUCCACUAAAAUUUAGAAAUCUUUUAACAACCACAGCAGGAGUGUCCAAAAUGCCCCCCUGACUCCAUUUGGACAACAAAAUUUUCUUACAAUGGGAGAUGUUACGUACAACAUAAAGUAUUAAAGUGUAGUAGUAGUAGAAGACAACCUUUCACUGAAAAGUCGACUUUGCUGCAGCCAAAUCAGCUGCUUUUAUCUAAUUUAUUAAACUUGGAUAAAUAUAGCGAGCGUCUUGACAGAAAGUGAUCCAAAUCCUGUUCUUAUAAUCGAGAAUAAAUUUGUUCAUUCGAGCCAAAAGUAUUUAAAAAGUAGAUGCCUUUCUUUUAAGACAGCAAAGGCACAACAUCCUUUCUAUGCUUUUGAUCUAUGAUCAUUUUUCUACCAAACAAAACAAACAAAAACUGAACUACUUUAUUUGCUUAAUUUUAGUAAGUUUGGACGCCCCGAACUGCAGGAUACGUCAUCCUCAAGGUUUUUGUCACAUCUUCAAGCUUCCUGUUUGGUUCUGGCUGGAUAUCGGACCAGUCUUCUCAUCAGUAUCUCUCAUUUAAAGUGUUUGCUAUUCUGGCACAGACCCGCCGUCGUUCAUUAAUGUUCAGAAAGCUUGCAGCCAUUCUAAAAAAAAGUAGCAUGACUUCACCACUACCAUGCAUCACAGUUGGUUCCAUGUUGUUUGGUUUGAAAGCCUUGCCCUCACUCUUUUAGCUACUGGUUUUCUUGAGCUCUGCUGGUUUCAGGGUUGCACUUAAGACACCCUAACAAAUUAUUUUUCAUCUGAGGAAAACAGUUUGGGUCAGAUUUUUGUCUGCAACAGGAAAAUUAUACCAAACACUGAUGUUGAAGUGGAUAAAACAUUAACCUACUAGAAGACUUUUCCCCAAAGAUGACUUGAAUAUUGUUUAUAAUAUCUGAACUACGUUUUAAAAUCACAUCAUCAACAAGAAACCAAAUUAUUUGAAUGAACCCUACAGGUUCAGCCAAGAAGAAUGAUGUAAUUUUCUGCUCAAAUUACACCAAAACCUUAAUAGUUCUCUGUGGUUGAAGUGCAUUUGACAAAAUGUAGGUGGUGGUAUGUACAAUUUUGACCCUUUAUGAAUUAUGGGGAAAUUGACAAUAAAAUUAAAACUUUUAUGAGUCGUUCCAAGAACAGCUCAAAUGGUGAGACUGCAAAAAUCUUCAGGUGUGAAUGGUUUCUUCAGCAAUAUUUACUGCAGCAAAGCACACUACAGCUUAUACCUGUUUUUUAAUCAAAAUGUGGCCUUUUGUGAGAAAAAUCAUCUGAGGUUUAAACAUUUUGUGCCAAUGCAUCACUGUUAAAGGCAAAUGAAAGCCUCGUCUCUUUCUUUUUUUCAUCUGCAGGGUUUCUACGUUGUCUAUUCUUCUGUGUUUUUGUGAAUAGCUAAUGAUAAAUGUAAGUAAUAAUUCUUAUAUUUAUGCAGCAAAUGGUGCCAAAGUCCAGACCACUUCAGACUGGAGAGUGUGAAGUUGUUGUAUACAGAGAUACUACUGUUGUCAAAUAAAGCGUUUCUUUUUAGCAAA